UAUCCUACUGGAUGCUCGCCCACCGCCUCGAUUAAUCCCUUUGACUCCUCGCGCGCAUCCAUUCACACAGCUCGUCGCAGCCUCCCCAUGAAAUCGAAUUGAACUACACGGUAAUAGGUUCACCGGGUCACCAAUCGGAGCUGGAGUUCGCCGACUGGCAACUGUAACAUCAAUUGGUAUUCAACAAUCGGGGAGCCGUAUCGAAGGCGAUAGAGUACACACCUGAAGCGGUCGGGGGGUCCACGGCUAUCCACCACGAAGACGGGGCUAGGGACACUCGUAUUGUAGGCGGGACACACUCUCGUAUCAGCACACAUCGCUAUCCCAAACCUUCGAUAUAGUCAGACAUACCAUGGAUCCAACAGCGUUUCAAGUCGUAUAUGUUGAUCGGCGUGCGAGUUGCGACCGAGUUGUCUUUCGGGAUGCGACGGGGCAGAAUGGGAUCGGUCAGGAGCAUGGCACAGUAGAAGAAAAUGCACAAAGCCUCCUUUUGGCAUUCUCUUCUGUGUCUAUCUGCAACUCUGCUCAGAGUUGUCUGACAACUCUGUCGGAUAACGAUGGCAACAAUCCGAUCCUACUUCUUGUCGAAGUCCCAAUAGAGCCCCAACCGGACGAAGAUAACAACAUUCACGACGGACGGCACGAUUCCGGAAUAGCAUCAGGACCCGCUGACAUGAUGCUGGGCUUGCCGCUGUUGAAGUAUGUCUGCUCGGAGAUCGAGAGCAUGCGGAUGCCGAACUCAAUAAUACCCGUCGCGCUUCUGACACAUGACGAUGAUGGUCUGGUAGCACCGCGGGCGGAGCUCGAAGACGAUUCCAGAACUGCUCGGGAAUUGAAAUGCAUUGAUAAUGGGGCAUGGGACGCUUUUGAGAAUCCGCUUUCCAAGGACAGUGUUAGGACGAUGCACAUGCACUGCUACCGGGCCCGGAAAACUAUCCAGAAGACCAGAAAGCGGUCGUGGGUUGGCAUAGAUGAACCGAAGGCCGACAAUUACUCGUAUCUGCGAGAAAAGAUCCGGGUUAGGAUACCUAUCACACGAGCCAACGAUGUGGAGAAAGCGGUUGGGCGAUGGGAUUUCUCUGCCCAUGAUUUCUCGGAUGAAGAACUCGUCCACUGCGCUCAAACCAUGUUCCAGCACGCUUUCACGAUGCCGGAGGUGUCGGAAUUUGUCAUUCCGCCAGAUCGUAUGGUGGAUUUCCUACUUGCAUGCAGGGGAACCUAUAACGACCAAGUACCUUACCACAACUUUCGGCACGUUGUGGACGUGCUGCAGGCAGUGUUUUUCUUCAUGCUACAGCUUGGAGCAUUGCCACACUAUAAGCACCACAAAAUGGGCGAGCUGGAUGAGGAAUCGACAGCGAAAUCGCUCGCCCACCUUAUUACUCCGUUGGAUGCGCUCACCCUGUUGGUAGUUGCUAUCGGUCACGACGUCGGUCAUCCCGGAGUGAAUAAUGCGUUCCUCGUCACUCUGAAGGCCCCGCUUGCUCAGCUGUACAACGACAGAUCUGUCCUCGAAUCCUUCCACUGUGCCGCGUUCUCACAGGUGUUGCGGAAGCAUUGGCCGAAGGCGCUGGAUCAACGCAAGAUGAUAAUAGACAUGAUCUUGGCGACGGACAUGGGCUUACAUUUCGAUUUCAUGGGAAAGCUGGACAAGCUCAGGAAGAAAUACGAGAAGGAAGGUGGAUCCGGCGUGUGGGAGGAGAAAUCGGUCAACGAUCAUCGGAUCCUUUUGUGCGCACUUAUCAUCAAGUGCGCUGAUAUCAGCAAUGUGGCUAGAAAGCACGAGUGCUCCGCGCAAUGGGCUACCAUCUUGAUUGAAGAGUUCUCCCGGCAAGCAAACAUGGAAGUUGAUCUAGGGAUCCCGUCGUCCCUCGUCGCUCCGCCGAUAACUGGGUCCGUCGUUGCACUUGCCAAAUCUCAAGUUGGAUUCAUGAAUUUGUUCGCGAUACCUCUGUUUCAAAAUCUCAGCACGGUGUUGCCGGAAAUGCAGUUUAGUGUCAGCGAGCUAGUAUCGAAUAAGGAUGCAUGGAGCAGAAAGAGCGAAGUUCACACUUAUCAACGUCCCGAAGACAAUAAAACGAGUGGAAGUGCACAGCAGCAACAGAAGCUAGCGUCAUCCUCGCUCUCGGUACCGUCUUCGCGUCCCCAAUCGACCCACGAACAUGAGCAGCACCAUGCGCCGAAUCGCCACCAUCUUCCUCCCGUUCUGGGCACGGCCUUGAUGGAGGCCGACAUCCCGAAUUCGGACAACGAGCCAUCCAUCUCGGGUUCCGAAAUUCGGUCCGGGGUCGCAUCCCCGCGACUCAACGAUACCACCGUGCAACGGCACCCCGGAAACGGUAAUGCCGCCGCUGUAACCGUUGUUGUUACGCAUCCCAAGAUUCAAACUAACGGAUAUGGGCCGGUUUCCGAGAAGAGGCCGACCUAUCAGCACUCGACCGAACACUUAAGAGCUGUCUCUCCGAAUGAUGCAUCGUCAUCUCCGGAUCGGCCCAGAUCAUCGCCCCCAGAUCUUGGGGAUUGCAGCGAUCAAUCGUGUUCGAAGGGUUGCUGCAACACUGCCAUCAUCCCCAGUGGGACCAUGGAGCGGAGAUCAUCACGAUUCUUUAAGAAGGUCAAGCUCUGGAAGACGUGGCGAAAGGAACCUAGUGAUGGGUGA